AUGCCUUUGAAUGUUAUUUUUUAUUUAACUAUCGCAUUUUUAUCGCAAAAUACACAGACAUUUGUGAUUAAUUGCAAUGGACACAUCUACUUACAACAUUUAUACGGUGUUCCGCGAUUGUAUGGAUGGAUUAUGGACACAGUGCCCUUUGUAACCAAAACAUUGGCUUCUUCCAAAAUAGGAAAGAAUAUAGACUGUUUAUAUUUGGAUUUGAAUGGAAUCUAUCACCCUGCUACCCACGGAAACGUACCCAUACAAUUAGACAUUGGUCAAUCACAAAGGUUCAAGCGUAUAUUCACCGCUAUCUCAAAUAUUUAUUCAAUCAUAAAACCAAAAAAAUUGCUAUAUUUAGCCUCCGACGGCGUUUGCCCUGCUGCCAAAAUUAAUCAACAAAGAACGAGGCGCAAUAGAUCAAGUAUUGGUAAUAUACAGGAUCAAAUUAAUCCUGAGCGAUUUGCCAAUAUACAGAAGCAACUAGAGACAGUGCUAAGUUCAUGUGGAGAUAAUAGAACCUCCACGCAACCAUUUACCCCUAACAUGAUAUCACCCGGUACAGAAUUUAUUGUAACUCUGGAAAAUGAACUUAGAAAAUGGCUCUUUUUGAAGGUUUCGGAGGGAUUUUUUGGAAAUUGUGAUGUUGUGUUCUCGGGGUCUGAUGUGCCUGGUGAAGGGGAACAUAAAAUAUUUCAAUCCAUCAAGAGUGCCAGCCGGCUUUCAUCUAUGGUAUACGGUCUAGAUGCCGAUUUAAUGCUAUUAGCAUCAUUGACACAAGGAAACAAGUGCAUAAUACUCCGGGAAAAGAGGGGAUACACUCCUCAUGUAGCUGCCAGAAGAAAACCUAACCCCUAUUACAAUAGCACGACUGGACUGGUUCACUUUCACAAGCGCGAUUUUUUAACUCUACAAAAGAGACACUUUGAGUUGGUGAAUUUAAAGGCCGUUGCUAUGCACUUUUACAAUCGCUUAGUUACAAAGGAUAAAAAAAAAAUUAACUAUAAUGGAAGUGAAGACGAUUUUGUCAACUCUCUCACUCGCGAUUUUGUAUUCUUAACCUUCUUAGCAGGCAAUGAUUUCUUGCCUAGGGUACCUGCGGUAGAUCUUGCCGAUGAAAGUUUCACUCCGUUCAUAUUGAGUUACUUCAAGAACUUUGAUCAGAUUGGUGGGUUUAUUACAAACGGAGAUUCAUAUUCAAUUUCAAGAUUUAAGAAGUUCCUGGAGUUUCCUAGUACAUUUGAACAGAAUUGGUUCAGAUUGCGCGGUCUUAAGCUAGGGAUAGCUGAGUUUACCACCAAUGAAUAUGCAAAAUACUACUAUAAGAUCAAAUUUGGCGUUGAUGUCACUGACCAACCUGAGUUCAUUAAAGGACUGGUGAAUGAUUACCUAACUGGAUUGCAUUGGAACAUGUUUUACUACAAUAGAUCAUAUUCGUGUUGGAAUUGGUCUUACAAACAUCACUACGCACCUCUACUUACAGAUAUGUGCAAAUACAAAUACAAAUUCAAUAAGCAAAUGUUUAAAAAUGGUAAACCCGUGUCUCAGCUUACACAUUUACUGUCAGUUUGUCCCCCUGAAGAUAAUUACUUGUUACCAGAGCAAUUAAGGGAUAUCGAUGAGUUGAACCAAUAUUUCCCAUCAGAUGUGGAAGUUGAUAAGGAUGGUUACAAUAACGAGUGGGAAUAUGUGGUGAAAAUGCCCUUCAUCGAUCCCCAAGAGGUGCAGAAUGUUGUUACUAACAGGUUAGGCGAUAAGCCACUUAAAAAUCCAGAGACUGAACGCAAUAGGUAUGGGGCCCCUAUACAUUUAAAGUACAAUAAACCGCGGAAAUGA